AUGUCCAGAAGAUACGACGGCAGAACGACAAUUUUCUCUCCUGAGGGACGGUUAUACCAGGUGGAGUAUGCAUUAGAGGCAAUUAACCAUGCAGGCACAGCCAUUGGUAUUCUGGCCAAAGACGGUGUGGUUCUUGCAGCCGAGAGAAAGGUUACUAGUAAACUACUUGAACAGGACACCAGCUCAGAGAAAAUGUACGUUUUGAAUGAUAAUACACUUUGUGCCGUCGCAGGAAUGACGGCUGAUGCCGGAAUCCUUAUUAACUACAUGAGAGAUACAGCCCAGCAGUACCUUAAGGUGUAUAACCAGGACAUACCAAUUGAGACUUUAGUGAGAAGGGUGUGCGAUGUUAAGCAGGGAUAUACACAACAUGGUGGUUUGAGACCGUUUGGUGUUUCAUUUAUUUUCGCCGGUUAUGAUGAUAGAUAUGGAUUCCAACUUUAUACGUCGAAUCCUUCUGGUAACUACUCCGGGUGGAAGGCCACUAGUAUCGGUGCUAACAAUUCGAGUGCGCAGACCUUACUUAAACAGGAUUAUAAGGAUGACAUGAACUUUGAGGAUUCUAAAAAGUUGGCAUUGAAAGUGCUUAGUAAGACCACCGAUAGCUCCAAGUUGACUAGUGACAAGGUGGAAUUUGCCACAGUGUUACUUAAAGAUGGGGAGCCGGUGUUGAAAAUAUGGAUGCCUGCAGAGAUUGACAAGUUGCUAGAGGAGUCUGGAGUUUUAGAAGAGAAGGACGAAGAGGAUUAG